AAGAGAAGAGACAGAAGUCAUGUCCAAAGUGUGGCCAGCUCUCACAUGUCAGAAGGGUCUGGAAAAAGAACAAGAAUUCCACAUGAUGUGUCCAUUAACAUGAGAACUAAGUCUGAUGAAAAACCUCAUGUCUCUAAAGAAUGCGACGUAAGUUUUAAUCAAACAGUCCAUCUCAAAACACACAUGCAAACUCAUACAGGAGAAAAGCUUUUUUCUUGUAAAGAAUGUGACAGGAGGUUUAGUCGUAUAUCUAAUCUUCAAAGACACAUGAAAAUUCAUACCGGAGAGAAGCCUUUUAUGUGUAAAGAAUGUGACAAACAUUUUAAUCAACCAUUCUGUCUCAAAAGACACACGAGAACUCAUACAGGAGAGAAGCCUUUUUCAUGUAAAGAAUGUGAUAAAAAUUUUAUCUCAUUAUCUCAUCUUAAAUCACACAUAAGAACUCACACAGGAGAAAGGCCUUUUUUUUGUAAAGAAUGUGACAGAAGGUUUAGUCGUAUAUCUAGUCUCCAAAGACACAUGCAAAUUCAUACAGGAGAGAAGCCUUUUAUGUGUAAAGAAUGUGACAAACAUUUUAAUCAACCAUUCUGUCUCGAAAGACACAUGAGAACUCAUACAGGAGAGAAGCCUUUUUCAUGUAAAGAAUGUGAUAAAAGUUUUAUCUCAUUAUCUCAUCUUAAAUCACACAUAAGAACUCACACAGGAGAAAGGCCUUUUUUUUGUAAAGAAUGUGACAGAAGGUUUAGUCGUAUAUUUAGUCUCCAAAGACACAUGCAAAUUCAUACAGGAGAGAAGCCUUUUAUGUGUAAAGAAUGUGACAAACAUUUUAAUCAACCAUUCUAUCUCAAAAGACACAUGAGAACUCAUACAGGAGAGAAGCCUUUUUCAUGUAAAGAAUGUGAUAAAAGAUUUAUCUCAUUAUCUCAUCUUAAAUCACAUAUGAGAACUCAUACAGGAGAGAAGCCUUUUUCAUGUAAAGAAUGUGAUAAAAGUUUUAUCUCAUUAUCUCAUCUUAAAUCACAUAUGAGAACUCAUACAGGAGAGAAGCCUUUUUUGUGUAAAGAAUGUGACAGAAGUUUUAGUCAAAUAGGUAAUCUCAAAUCACACAUGAGAAUCCAUACAGAAGAGAAGCCUUUUUUGUGUAAAGAAUGUGACAGAAGUUUUAGUCAAAUAGGUAAUCUCAAAUCCCACAUGAGAAUCCAUACAGGAGAGAAGCCUUUUCCGUGUAAAGAAUGUGAUGAAAGUUUUCGUCAUGGAACUUAUCUCAAAAAACACAUGCGAAUCCAUACAGGAGAACGGCCUGUAGAAAUCAAGUCUCAAAAGACACAUGAGAAUUCAUAAACCAGGGAAACUUACAACAGAGGACUCGGAAUGAAAAAACAAUAAUUGGUUUAACUAGGAAGGUUUCAGUUUUGUGAAAAUGCGGCGCGGUCCUCCGCGGAGGGCCCAUGCCGUGCAGCGGAUUGUUUCGGUGUCUACUUUAUUUUGUGCGCGAGCUGAGCGUUCCGCGUCAAUUCUGGCAGGAAAUUACAUCAAGAUACACGAGAAAAUCUGGUUUAUAUUCAACAUAUAACUAUCCAUCCAUCUUCCUGACCGCUUUGUCCCUUUCGGGGUCGCGGG